CAACCUCCUAUGCCCAAGUGAUCCUCCCACCUCAACCCCCUAAGUAGCUGGGACUUCAGGCAUGCACCACCAUGCUCAGAACUUCCUACAGCUGCAGUCUUCCAGAAGUAACCGCUUCACCUGGAUGGGACUUUCAGAUCUAAAUCAUGAAGGCACGUGGCAAUGGGUGGACGGCUCACCUCUGUUGCCCAGCUUCAAGCAGUAUUGGAACAGAGGAGAGCCUAACAAUAUCAGGGAGGAAGACUGUGUGGAAUUUAAUGGCAAUGGCUGGAACGACGACAAAUGCAGUGCUGCCAAAUUCUGGAUCUGCAAUAUGUCUGCAGCCUCGUGCUCCAGAGAUGAAGGGUGGCUUCUCCCCUCAGCCUCUGUAUCCCCGACUGCCCAUGCAGCAUAG